GAGCAGGCCCGGCGCGGGGCCGGCCCGCCGCCAUGUCCUCCUUCUCGGAGUCGGCGCUGGAGAAGAAGCUGUCGGAGCUGAGCAACUCCCAGCAGAGCGUGCAGACGCUGUCGCUGUGGCUCAUCCACCACCGCAAGCACGCAGGGCCCAUCGUCUCCGUCUGGCACCGGGAGCUCCGCAAAGCAAAAUCAAGUAGGAAACUUACUUUCCUAUACUUAGCAAAUGAUGUCAUCCAGAACAGUAAGAGGAAAGGUCCUGAAUUUACAAGGGAAUUCGAAUCUGUUCUUGUGGAUGCUUUUUCUCAUGUUGCCAGAGAAGCAGAUGAGGGCUGCAAAAAGCCCUUGGAACGAUUGCUUAACAUCUGGCAAGAAAGAAGCGUGUAUGGCAGUGAGUUCAUACAGCAGCUGAAACUUUCUAUGGAAGACUCCAAUAGUCCCCAAACUAAAGUUGCAGAAGAGAAGAAGUCGUCUCUGAAGCGGACUUUUCAGCAAAUACAAGAGGAGGAAGAUGAUGAUUACCCUGGGAGCUACUCACCCCAGGACCCCAGCGCUGGGCCACUGCUGGUAGGUGGGAAGGGGUGGGAGAAGUUCUGCAGGUCUCCUCGCUGUGGUCCCACCACAAGGUGGAGCUCCAACAAGUGAAAUGCAUUGGGUGGG